CAGAAGCAAAGCCGGAUUUUUUAGAUCAUUUUGAUAGCAGGUCUCUAUAUCUUUCAUAUCUUCAAAUUGUUUUCUACAAUCUUUAUUUAUUUUAUUGUACUCCACGCAAAACAUUAGAUCAAGAGCUUGAGCUCCUGAUAUUAACGUUUCAAUUGAAAGAAAAAUAAAAGAAAAGAAAAAAUGUUUUUAUCAUGUGCUUAUGAUCAAACCAUACUUCCUUGUACCGUCUCUAUUACCAUCUCUGUAUUCAGAAAGAAGUUACUUUAUUCACAAAGUUUUUCCUCAUGUCCAGAAAAAAAAGAUAUCUCAUCUUGUUUAUUACCUAAUUUUCAACCCCAAGUCGUCCCAGAUAAAAAUUCAACAGUCUCAUUUGAGGUUAAAAUGCUGUAUCUUUUCUUUACAAAAUGGUAUCAACUGACGAUCAUAGCAACGAUGCAAAGGAACUUGAAGUUAUGUUGUCAAGGAUACAAAAUAUCAUUGUUGAUUAUGUUCAAAAGGGUCAGGAACAAUUAGUACCAGUAGUUAAUUACCAUACACCGGAAGAACUAUAUAAGCUCUUUGACUUUACUUUACCAAAUAAGGGCGUUGGUUUAGAGGGGAUAUUUAAAACUAUUAACUCAACCCUUGAAUACAGCGUGAACUCAUGGAAUCCUCGUUUUUUGGAUAAACUCUAUGCUGGAACAAAUCCAAUUGGUGUCAUAUCUGAACUGCUACUAGCCGUAUUAAAUAGCAAUGCACAUGUAUUUCACGUUUCGCCUGUACUCAGCCUUAUGGAGGUCGAAGUAACAAAAGCAAUUGGGCAGUUAUUAAAUAUGGGCGAGAAAGCAGGAGGCAUACUCUGUCCUGGUGGCUCAGCUUCUAAUUUGUUAGCGAUGAUUACUGCUCGAAAUAAGUUGUUCCCAAGCAUUAAAACGGAAGGAUAUUUCCCACGUCCUUUUCACCCGCAAUCCAAAUAUGGAAAAUUAAAAGUGUUUACAUCCAUACAUAGUCAUUAUAGCAUUGAUAAAGCAGCUCAAGUGCUUGGUUUAGGCCUCGAUAACAUAGUUAAAGUACCUGUUGAUCACGAGGGAAAAAUGCAGGUGGAUGAAUUGGAGAAGCUCAUUGAGCUGAGUAUUCAAAAGGAUGAGACACCUUUUUUUAUUAAUGCAACAGCAGGAACAACAGUACUCGGAGCGUUUGAUCCGAUCAAGGAUAUAGCGACGAUAGCCAAAAAGUAUCAUUGUUGGCUUCACGUUGACGGUUCGUGGGGAGGAAGUGUAGCAUUUUCAGACAAGAUGAUGAAAACGACAACUUGGCUAAAAGGAUCAGAACAUGCCGAUACAUUCACUCUCAAUCCACACAAAUUACUUGGAGUUCCUUUACAGUGCUCUAUGCUUUUGACUCCACAUGAAGGACACUUGCUAUUUGCAAAAUCCAACUCAUCUCAGGCAGAUUAUCUAUUUCACGGCAAUGAAUAUGACAUCGGAGCAGGUACCAUCGGCUGUGGCAGGAGACCUGAUGCAACCAAGAUGUUUAUGGCAUGGAGGUAUUAUGGAAAGGAUGGAUUAGGAGGGCGCGUUGAUAAGGCAUUAAGCCUCGCUAGUCAGUUCACAAGCAUGGUCAGAGAGCGCAAAGGGUUCAAGUUGGUUCAGGAUCCAAGUCCGUUCUUACAGAUUUGUUUUUGGUUUGUGCCACCUACUAUCGAAAAACAUGUUGAAAGUCUCAAAGGCAAGGAAUACAGUCUUUGUUUGUCAAGAAUAACAAGGCACUUGCAUCAGCAAAUACGAGAAAAGGGGGAGUUUUUGGUGGAUCAUUCACCAUUAGAAGGCAUACCCGAUUUCUUUAGAGUAGUUAUUAAUGCUCCUACCUUAAGCCUGCAUCGUGACCUAGAAAGACUCCUAGAUGUUAUUGAGGAGGUAAAUGCAUCUGUUGACUGGAGUGAACUUUUAUAGAAAAAAAUUCAUUGUUCAAAUGACUCUUUGAAAUUCAGAACACAAAGAAAAGCAUAAACCCUAUUUUUAUUCUUUUUUUCUUUUUUUUUUUU